CCAAAGGCCAGAGCAGGGACCCGUGCUGCCUCCGCUGCUCCUCGGAUGGUGACAGGGCCCUGCCGCUGCAGUCCCCCCAAGCCUCUGCUCCACAGGCCCACAGCGCCGGAGCCCCGCAGGAAUCAUGCCCAGGUCCUUCCUGGUCAAGAAGGUCAAACUUGACACGUUUUCUUCGGCAGACCUGGAGAGCUCCUACGGUCGCACCCGUAGCGACCUCGGUGUGCGACUGCACGAUAAAGGAUACCUCAGCGACUACGUGGGGCCCGCAUCCGUCUACGAUGGCGACGCCGAAGCAGCGUUGCUCAAAGGGCCGUCUCCGGAGCCCAUGUACGCUGCAGCCGUGCGUGGAGAGCUGGGUCCAGCGGCUGCGGGCUCUGCGCCGCCGCCCACCCCGCGCCCAGAGCUGGCCACGGCUGCAGCCGAAGCGCGCUCAGGGCCGGGAGCCGCAGGCACUGGUGGCCGGCACGCGUGCGGCGAGUGCGGCAAGACGUACGCCACGUCGUCGAACCUGAGCCGCCACAAGCAGACGCACCGCAGCCUGGACAGCCAGCUGGCGCGGCGCUGCCCGACGUGCGGCAAGGUGUACGUGUCCAUGCCGGCCAUGGCCAUGCACCUGCUUACGCACGACCUGCGCCACAAGUGCGGCGUGUGCGGCAAAGCCUUCUCGCGGCCCUGGCUGCUGCAGGGCCACAUGCGCUCGCACACCGGCGAGAAACCCUUCGGCUGCGCGCACUGCGGCAAGGCCUUCGCCGACCGCUCCAACCUGCGCGCGCACAUGCAGACGCACUCGGCCUUCAAGCACUUCCAGUGCAAGCGCUGCAAGAAGAGCUUCGCGCUCAAGUCCUAUCUCAACAAGCACUACGAGUCGGCCUGCUUCAAGGGCGGCGCUGGCGCCGGCGGCCCCACGGCCCCUGCGCCCCCACAGCUCAGCCCUGUGCAGGCCUAGGGCGGCGGGGCCUCCGCCAGCCAGGUCGGCUCUCAGCAAUACGGGCCCCCAGGGAAGUCUCCGCUGGCGUCCAGGCGGAGGGGCCGGAGGGCGGGCCCCUCCUCACAGCAAUAGGGGGAGAGGGGCCCGGUCCCACCCCGCCCCGCCCGCCAGGGGUCUUGCCGGCCCCUUCAAGCAAUAGGGUCCCGAGGGGAGACCCACCCCGAGCCCCUUCCCCUCCCCUCCAGGGUGCCCCAGGCUUUCUCCCAGCAAUAGGGUCAACGAGACCCAGAACCGAACCUCAUCUCCGAGUCGGGUCUCUGAAGACCGGGGUGAGAUGAGGUAGGGAGCACCCUCCUUCUCCCUCCUCUGCGCCCCUGGAUCGCGUCGCAGAGACUCAGGUCUUCCCCACCCCUUCCCAAGCCUUCUAGGGCCGGGCCUGCGCCCAGACGUCCAGGGAGCCGCUCCCUCCUCGGCAGCAGGCCGGGGAAGAAGCAGGAGAGGGGCAGGCCUGCAGAGGCAUCCCUGCCCGCAGUCUUCGCCGAACUCCCGGGAGUAUUAGACGCGUUGGGGAGCGGGGAGAGGGGCGAACGGCAGCACCCUUACCUCGGGUUGCUUCUGGGCCUAAGUCCGCGUCGCCCUCUACCCUCGCCUCGCAUCCUCUGCCAAAUCCUAAUUCUUCCAGCCCAGCUUCCCGGGCUCUGUCCUCCAUAUCGAAUAAUAAUGACACAUAUCGAA